AUGCGUUCUUGAAAAUAAGACUAUUGACGCGUGUCUCAUAUUAGGGUUAACAUCUCGCGAUGUCUGAGUGUUGGUAACAAGGACAGCAAGUAGAUAUAUUGUUCGAUAGGUCUGCCGCAUAACGAAUCAUCCCCUUCUUAUGAUUUCAAAAGCGUUGUAUCAUAUCGUAGCAGAAACUUCACUUCGCCAUUCAGGACUACUAUGAAAUACUGCGAAAGCUCGAAUCUGCACAAAACUCAUUGCCGGAAAUUGACCAAUAUUUGCACGAUCUACAGAGAACAGUUGUUAGAUGUAACCAAAGACAUCAAUAAGGAGAAAGAUACCAUAGCCGUGUGGUAUCCGGCAGCUGAAAUCUUACGUAGUAUUUCAGCAAAGAAUAGACCCACUGGGUUUCUUUUCCCAUGUCGUAAGAGGCGACUAACAACAGCUGUGGCUGUGGUCCAUUAGGAGGUUGAUAACAGGUCUUUCUCCGGAUAAAACCAACCUAGAGGUCGUGUGGCAUCCGGCGGGUUGAAGUCUCUUAACCAAGAAUUGAUCCGCUGCGUUUCUGCUCUCAUGUCGUCAGAAGCGACUGAAAACAGGAGUCCUGUGUGUUUCUCCGUGUUGAAGACUGAAUGACUGGCAGGUCUAAAAUAUGCCCUUGCUGUGUUACGCGAAUCUCUAACACAGUGGAGUUUGUUUCUUCGCAGAUCGUGGGAUUCAAAUGAUGGUUAUGACCCUAAUACAUAUUUCGGGAUUCGCUAUAGACGAUUAUAAGCCAACGUGUUCGGUAUCUUCUAGUUGCUGUGUAACAAGUGCUGAUAAUGAAAUGGUUAGAGUAGCACAAAAUAAUCUUCCGCAUAAACUUACAGCAACUAGGAAACUAUCACGCCUUGUGCAGAAAGGAAACAUCUAUGUUGGAAUGCUACUUAACCUCGUCUUUGUAGCUUUCAACAAAAAUGGCAUGACAAAUCCACGAGAAAUGCCUCGUGCAUGUAUACUUGCGAAUGAAUAGUGCUAUUGACGCAAGUCUUAUAUCCGACCUUACGAUUCGUGAUAUUUGUGCUUUCGCGGUUAAUAUGACUGUUGAUAACAUUAAGAAGAAAUAAGUCUAUCGUUCGGCAUAUUUGCUGCAUAAUUAAUCAUCACCUUCUGAUGAUUUCAAAAGGGUUGUCUCAUACUGUGACAGAAAUGGGUUUCCCCUCAUAAUCGACGUUGAUGCAAAUGCCUGCCACAUAAUUUGGGCAGAGGCACCGAAUUGAUGGAAUAUAUAAGUAGUACAAACCUGCACAUACUUCAUGUAGGAAAUGCCCCAACAUUUGCACGAGCUGACGAAGAAGAGGUGUUAGAUGUAACUCUCUGCUCUGACGGUAGUAUGCAUGAGUUGACAAACUGACUCGUACCAAACGAGCUCGAAACGUCCUUAUCUGAUCAUAAGUACAUCGUCUUCGAUCAUUUAUAUGUCUCACUAGAUAUCGUCACAUAUCGAGAUCCCAAAUCUACGAACUAGCUACGAAGAGGGCUUGGUGACUAGAUCAUUUCAUGGGUAUCUUCCGACGGUUCAAUCUCCAAGUGACUUGGAUUAGGUCGUGAAUAAUUCACUCAUAGUAGCAGCAUACCAAGAGGCUCGUUCGCUUCGAGUUAUGCGUGCAUCUAGAGGAACCUCUUGCUGGACUACCGAACUUGUUCGACUCAAGUUUUGUAGAAGAGCUUGGAAUCGCAGACGCAGGGACGGGUCGGUGGCAUUUAAGUUGGCUAGCAAAGCAUACAGCAAAGCCCUUCGAUCCUCUGAGCGAUGCGGUUGGAAAAGCCACUGCAGAAAUGUUUCAAGUCCCGGCGAGACUAGUAGGUUAAAUGACUUACUUUCGAAAUUGAAAGACUUUCAUGUCAGUUCGAUUAGAACUGCUAAUGGUGAAUAUUCGUCUGACGAAGUCAACUGUCUUUUUGACACACACUUUCCAGAAAUACGAAGCCAUCACUGACGACUGCCUCUGAGUUUUUUUCAGGUAAUUCUGAUUCGUCGGCAUUUGCUCGUAGAAUUGUGACAACCAAAUCGAUCAAAUGGGCGAUUGAAAAUUUUGCUGCGAAUAAGUCUUCGGGAAAAGAUGGAAUCGUUCCAGUUGUACCUCAAAGAGGAUAUGAACACUUCAAGCAUAUUUUGAAAAAAAUGUUCUUACUUGUAGAUUUGCAAAAGGAUACGUGGCGUGGCGGAACUGUAAAAUUCGUUCUCAAUCACUUUUGAGGAGUCAAAGAGCUUUAGACCGAUCAGUCUGACCUCCUUCCUGUUCAAAUCAGUAGAACGUUUAAUCGAACACUACUUUCGGGAUGUUAGCUUGGAUAACUUAGUCACCCUUGUAGCAGAAUAGGAAGUUUUGAAAAGCGGAAUAGUACUCAAUGAAAAAUUCACUCAACAAACUUUCAACGCCGAAGAUGGAUCAGCAGCCCCAGGAAUGGAAAGUUAGCGGAAACGUCAAAGCUCGGCUGCAGCAUCUGCUGAAAACUGAAACCUGGACGGACUGCCACUUUCUGGUCGGUCCGGAAUCAAACUGCAAACUGAUUGGUGCCCAUAAGCUCAUACUGUGCAUAUCAUCACCCGUCUUCCAGGCGAUGCUGCGUGGCGAGCUGGCCGACAACGUUGAAACCAUUCACGUUCCCGACGUUGAACCGGGGAUUUUCGAACUGUUGCUAAAGUACAUUUACACCGACGAGAUCAGCGCUGGAUCGGUGGACGAAGCCAUCAAAUUAUACUAUGCAGCGGAAAAAUACAUGCUGCCAAUUGUUACAGAUCACUGCCUGGCAUAUCUACAGUCGGCUAUAAAUCCCGCGAAUGUUUGUCGCAUUUACGAAUUCGCAAAGUUUUAUAGACACUCAAAUAUCACCUAUAAUUGUUUGAAUUAUAUACGAUUAAAUACAAAACAAGUAAUACAGCACGAAAAUUUCAUGGAGGUGGAUUUAAAUACGAUUAUCGAAAUAUUCGACCAAGAAAAGCUGGCCAUUGACAACGAAUUGGAUUUGUACAGGGCACUGUCUAAAUAUGCGUUAGAACACGAUUUGUGUCCAUCGAAUGAUUCGGCGGUGGUAAAAACUAACAACCCCGGUAAAGAACCGGAAAAACCAGCGGAAAAGGGGCAUGUGAAAAAAGUGUCAUCCAACGGUGAAUGCACCACCACAGCCGACGACGACAGUCGUAAGCCAGUAAACUCUGCGAAAAUAAAACUAGCGGAAGCGGUCUCAAUCAAGUCUGACCAAGUUGUUAAACCGACCGUUCGUGAUGCUCUUCGUCGUAUUCGCUUUCUCACAUUGACCCCCCAGCAGCUUGCGUCUGAGUUUGCCAAAUUGGAUCUACUGAUGCUAAAGGAGUCGUUUGCUAUUUUAAUGAAUGCUCAUACCGUACCGGACAAUGGUUUUCCGAUGCCGGAAGGAUUUAGUACCUCGAAAGCCGGCAGGAAAUAGGGAUAAGGAUCCAGAUUUUGGGCGGCAAAAUGAAUUCUGUUUACAAUGUUAAAAUAUUCGGGUUGAAUCCCAAACUUUUUUCAUUUUUUUUUUCAAAUAUUUGUUUCUGACUUAAUUGAAUUUUGUCGAAUUUUAUAACGAUUUUGUUAACAUUUUAUCAGUGCAUAUCACGGUUUAAUUACACAAACAUUUGUCAUAUGUCUAAUGUCGAAUGGUGAAUAUGAACGGAACUUAUAUUAAUUGCAAUAAAAUAUUAAUUAUUUUUUCUCUGUA